UUUCCCAUAAUGCAACAGUGCUUGUUCCAUAGUAAGGUCAACAUGGAGUCGUGAAAUAGGACAGAGUGAAGUCAAGUGCCGGCUUUUUAUAGUAUUCUCUUUCCAGUGAAAGGACGUUUUAAAACAAGCAUAAUACAUGGGGGAAAAAAAGAAAAAUACGCUAAAACUCGAAUUAAAAGUACAUAAACCAUUUUCAUUUGCGAAGACAAUUGCAGUGAAAGGGAUGGCGCCUCUGCAAUGCUGAAACACCAUGGUCCGGCACAGCAAGCUCCAGAAACAGGUCCUCAGCCUCUACAGACAGUUCCUCCGGGCAGCCCACGACAAACCAGGCUUCCUGCCACGAAUCCAGGAUGAGUUUCGCAAGAACGCCAGCAUCCCCAAAGCUAACGUCAUGCAAAUUGAAUACCUCUACAGGAGAGGACAGAGGCAGCUGGAGCAGAUGAAAGAUGUGAACACCAAACAGCUCGGAGCUUUCAUCAAAACCAGAUCCGACAGCUAACCUACACAGAUUAUUAUAGCGGGGUAUUCAUUUAUCACCAAUAGUGGAAAUUAACAUAACAAACCAGUAUAUCAUAGAGAAGUGGAUUGGACUUGCAAGUGCUGUGCAAGGAUGGAAAAACGACGAAGUGGGGGCUGUGUAACGGUGCUGCCUCAUCGGGAUGCAAUGGAUUCAGGGGACCGAGGGGUGCACCUGGACGAAAACAAGGGACGGGGGGCUGUGAGUGUUGCAAUGCUGUAAUGUUGUUGGGCUAUUUCAGGGGGGCCUGCGUGCUUCUGCGGGAGUGUGUAAGCAGUGUGAUUUGUUGUGCAGCUGUUAAGUCAUGUCUACCAAAUAAAGAAUUGCCGUUUGCCUGAA